CGAGCCACAAGACAGAGGUUUUCCACUCAGCCGAUCGACGAACUACAGGCCACGCUCAGCUUAAACAGUUUAACAGUUUUGUUCGCGUGGCAGUGAACAUCAGACUUCAACAAACUCAAUGAACCUGGAUCAAAGACAAGAAGACAGGCCCAGAGUAUCGUCAUUUCUCAUAGAUGACAUUUUAGCACCACAGACUGUCCCUACAACACCACAAUGUCCCAGUGCUAAGCCGAUCGCAGCAGUAGAACAGCCCAGCUCUUCACAAAACUCCACGCAACUCACUGAUAACCGCUCACAUUUGUGUCCGCAACCCUUGGAUUCAACUUUGCUGACAUGCUACGGUAAAGUAUACUGUAUUUUAUUCCACGAUAACUCGGCUCUGAGUUCAGUUUUUACAUAGUUCGCUUUAUAUAUAAAGUAAUACAAUGACACAUAUAAACUCGCACAAAACUGUCUUCAGUGACUCAGUGCGUUGUUUUCUUUUAAUUGUAAUAUCACUGUUAAGACAUGUUCACUGUUAAGGGUGAGUCUCAUUUAUAUUUUAGCGGAUACUUGAUAAAAUUAAUCGCUGUAUCGGAGGAUUGUUGUGAAUUUGGAAACUUCAUGUUUGUUUUAAGUGCACCAAGUCUAACAUGAAUCAAAUGUUCUCUUUUUAUUUGUUUACCAUAUAUUUUCAUGAUUUUAAACCUGCAAUGAUGGAAGCACGCUUACGCACAUUAAUCAACUUGUAAGAUGAACUUUACAACUGACAAAUGGUGCAUCCAACGGCAAAUAUCGUGUUGCAGAGCUCAAGUGCUUUCAGUAGGGUCCGUCAGAUAUCGUCUUGCUCGAAUAUAGAUACUGUAAGAGGUUUGUAAGAUACCCCGGGUACGAAAGCCUUAAGAUGUCGUCAUUUUGUCAGUUUUUAACACCGUAUCAGUAGAGAUUGCUUCUUACAUUAUAACCGAUAGAGAUGACGUGAACAGCUCUCCUAGUGCGCGACUUGCUGGAAGGACAAGACUGAUCGUCGUUGUAGAGAUGUCGCUUCUCAAAACACUUUGGUUUGGAGUCUAACCAAUCGUUCCUACUUGUUAUAUAUAUAGCGUGUCUAUAGAUUUGAUAAACUAUGCACACAAUUGAAGAUUUUCUCCGUAGCGAAAUACUUUGUCCGCCGCUACAUUUUCAGCCGAGUGUCACUAAACUGGGCGGAAGUGUUUUAACAGUAUUGUGAGGUCAGGAAGAGCAAAGAUCAGAUUAACAUCAAAUGAUACGUCCGAGAUUUCUUCGUAGAUAUCUUCUUCUUUCUGUGAAUUUGUUUGUUCGUAAAUUACAUCAUAUUUCACUCUUUAUUUUUCAAAAAGUAAUUCAGGGAAAUAUUACUUUGUUUAUUACAAAUUUUAAAAAAAAGUUCCUGAUUUGACUUUCUCUUUUCUUUUUCUUUUAUUCGCAAAUCCCACACAGAGUUCGAGGCAAAAAACAAACCUGAGUCACGUUAAAACACAAGCGUUCAUUAAAACUGAGCUGAUUAUUCAUGUUUGUCUUAAUAUGCGUCUAUUAAUUUGGACGGCAUCAAAGAAUAGUCAAGCAGUAUAAAUACCGCCGGAGAUCUAAGCAACACACAAUUGCCAUUCUUGGUUUCCUAGGUUGCAUUUCGUGAUGGUCUCCAAAAAUGUCGCAAGUUCUACCGGCAAAACUGAAUAAAUGCCCAGAUAAACUCGCGCCGAUCUAGAACUACUUUCGCUCUUUAUCGAAUUACACCCGCAAAUAUUCUGAACGUGUUUGCUUUUUCCUGUUCGAUUAACGUCCCUGUAUGGAAUUUUAGCUUUGGAGCGGUCGUGUUUCUUCCUUCGACUGCUUGCACGUAUUUAGCGUCACGAACUUAUGUCAGUGUUAUUAGUUUGGGCCAGAAGAAGAGAGACCUAACUGAGAUAUAGAUCCCAUACUAAGGUUCGUUCACGUUAAGGCGUAGUUUACGACAGUUUGUCAUGGAUGAAGCCAAAAACGUCAGAACUAAAGAAGAAAUCUUGCUCAACAUUUUUCAAACUGAACGAGUUAUGUUCCGGACACAGAUUGUUGCUGGAGUGAUUAAGGAUGAUAGCAGGCCCUAACCAUUAAAACAAAACGCAGUUAGGUCCGGCCCUUUACUGAACUAUACUAAUAAAGGCAUCAUGCUUUCUUUAAAAUGAAACAUUUAACACACAUUUUUGUAAGAAACCUGAUAAACUAUUCACAUAAAACUGCGUCGCAGAAAGUCGAGUAAUACUGAGUAAAUUAUCGAUUAAAAAACUGCAUGAUAAUUAUUUUGGAGAAAAAUGAUGAGGCUUAUUAAAAUGCCACAUCCUAGUCAAGGAUUCUAAUCAAUCAAAGUAACCCCUGAAACAUUCACUCAGGAAAGAUCAAGUGUAUCCCCUUUUCACGCCUAAAAUGAUUAAGGACAAACGAGCAUCUUCGCCGGAAAAAUCCCUUUAAAAAAACUUGCAAAAGGAACGCAUUUAUUGAAAUGCUUAUAAAAACUAAGAAAUUGUGUUUCGGUUUCUAACGACGAAUAAAAGCUCCAGCGCUGAAAAACGAUACAACAAAAUGAUUCAGUUAGACUCAGUAACAUGAUUCAUUGUGGAUCAUUUAAUUCCAUCCUUAUCACAAAGCUGUAUACACAACUGGAUGUCCCUUUGACACAUUUCAAUUUUAUCAUAUCAGCCCUUCUUGCUUGUCGGUUUUUCUUUGAAGUAUGUUUUAUUUCUGACAACAUUUGAACCCGACUUGCUAAUUUCGUGUCUUACAUUUUGAUGAUCAAUAUGGCUGCGAUUGCUUUGGUCAACUUAUCUUAUUAUCUACGCGAGCAGUUAAGAGACCAUAACUGUAGAGAAUUACCAACAAACAAAUUGCGCUCGAAAACAUAUUUGUCUUUCAAAUAUAUGAUUGAGUUACACCAAUUUAUUAAAGAUCUUAGCCAAGCCUCGGCAGUAUAUUUUCUUUAAAAAUGUCGCUCCAGUUCAACGUUUUUUUAACUGUUUGUUCCCUUUUCAACCGGGUAGUUUUUGUUCCUCGGUAUUGUUCACUGCUUUGUUUUCACAAGCUAAAAGCAUUAAUGGACAUAUUCCUGUCUUCCCUCAAAGAAAAACAAAUAGUGUAUGCGCAAAGAAAGAGACGGUAAGGUGUUAAACAGGGCCAUCAUAGAACUGGCAAUAGUAUUAAGAGACACCUUAGAUGUAUACCUCAGCUGUGUAGUAACAGCAUCGCAUCAAAAUGACAUAAUCUAAUUGAUUUUUCCCAAAAGAAUGUCAACACAGGGUAAGGGUCUUUUAGAUAAGUGAAGAAAAAACCGUGAAUUGUUACCCUUAGAAACCUUAGAAGAGUUGUGCUGAAAACUGCAGAAAGAAAUGACUUUUAUCCAUGAUAAUACAACUUGCGGCGAUAAUGAUCUUGUGUUUUUACUCCUUUACAAUUUAUGAUUAUAAAAAAUAGUGAAUCAUGUUUUUCUGUGCAUUACUUACUCACUGUGUUCAACGAAGUCGGUUGCUGAUUAUGGUAGAAUUCAUCCAUUGGUUCUGGGGAUGAUUUAACGGUAGACAUUAAAUUAUUACUAUGUUGGGAAGAAAAGCAUUUGGCACGAUCAGGUCUUACGGGCAACCUUAUUCUAGGAGUUACAGCGUAGACAACCAGUGUUUGCUGAAUUCGACUGAUUUGGUACUUCACAGUUCCACCAGAACAUGCCCAAGGCCGAAAUAGAGGAAUAAAACAUGAGGUAGUAGUACGAAAGGCGGUUAUGCUAAGCUAGAGUUACAAUUCAAAAUUACUUUGGACUAUUAUUGUGUAAAAACAAAUGUUCCUAGACGGACAAAACUAGAGGAAAAUGAAUGUAAACAAUGUCUGAAAACCGACAAAAAAAAUCUAAGGAUUCUAAUAACCCUUGGUUCAGGCGCUGUGGUUUCUUGCAUCUGUAACAAACUCUGAUUUGAUACAACUUGUUGGCCGGGACUCAGAGAAUCACUCUGAAAAUGUCAUAUAGGAAUUGAUUUCAUCGAAUGCGCAUGCAAUAGUAAAAUACAUUCGGAGCACUAAAUCUUUGUAUUAUUUUGCUUCCAAAGAGAAAACGCCCAAAGUGGAUAUAACGGCGUGUUAGCAACACAGGUUGAUAAGAAUAUGGCCAGGUUCAUAGCCACUAAGGAUAACUAGUUACCAUUAUUUCAUCUCGCAGCAUUGUCAUGGGAGAUACAUAAUCGAAAUUGCCAUAGCAGUUUUAAAAUUAUGUAAAAAAAAAAAUGCUGCUCAUUAACACCUAAAAGAGAACAUUUCAUUGGUCACAAAGUAUAUAAAAAGAAUAUAAAUCUUUCACAUUCCAGGAUCUCCCUGUCAUGUGGCUCGGCACCCUUACUAUUGGAGACCCCCAUACACGUGUUAUUCACCAGCUCAUGGUUACAAAUGCAAUCACAGUGCUAAUUCUCCUCUCUACUGUACGUCUUCAGGUAAGCUGCACAUUAUGAAGUUAGUUAGCAGGAUCCUCAGCUAACUCGAGUCGAAGAAAUAUGUCAGAACGCAUGGAAACAGAAGGAUUUAUGAAGGCUUGAUGAUUAAUUGAAGCGAAAUGUGAUAUUUUGGCCCAACACACCUCGUCAUCGAUAUUUUCAUUUAAUCCGAUUAACAAAUAUAUUAUGUGUUGUCAUGCUUAUCACAAAUGACGUCAAAAUGUAGUAAAAACAAAACAAUGGCACACGAAGCGCAGCCGAGUGUGUCACUGAUGUUCUUACCGCGAUUUUAACGUCUUCUGUGACCUAUUACAGACCUACGGCAACAUGGAACCUGCUCUUCAUAAUAAAAAAGCAAAAUAUCGUUAAUGGUAACGUCAUCCAAUAGAUCUCAAGUGAGAACAUCAGCCAAUCAAAAUGCAUGUGUAAUUUAGCUUAUCAUAGAAAUCCGCAUAUCUUAGCUGACGUUGUGUGAUAACAUAGUAAGAUAAAAUGAGAAGAGAUUUAUGCUUUUUCUCCACAGAUCUCUUCAUUAACUGUAGCAGACAUCCGUCAACUUCCUCAGAAUCUUAUACACAGUCUAUUCAUGAACAAUCACGGUCGCGAAGGCCUAGAAGACCCUGGACACGAGCAGUGUUUUCUAACUUACAGCGCAAGGGACUUGAAAAGCGUUUUCAGGUUCAAAAAUACCUGACAAAAGCAGAUAGACAUCAGUUAGCGUCUAUGUUAGGCUUGUCAGAUAAUCAGGUCAAAGUGUGGUUUCAAAACAGGAGAAUGAAAUGGAGGCAAGAAGCCAGAGAAUCUGUUACUAGUACGAACAAUGACACACAUGAUCUCGAGGAGGAAGAAACUUAGCAAAGCCUCCGACAACUUUAAAACUUAUUUAAUAAAGACUUCGUGCGCUGCGUCAAAAUUUCUGAAUCUCAUCAGCUGAUGGAGGAUUGUGUUUUACACCAAAGCCGUGAAUUUCAUGUGUUCAUGAGUUAACUGCUCUUUUCCAACAUUCGGGAAUUCUAAACAUUAAUUAUAACCUGGCCAUGACUUAUUUAAAUUGUCUUUUCAAUUUGAAAGAUGAGUUAGAUUUAUUAACAUUGCCAUGGGGACAAUAAAAAAAGGGUUUAGCUGCCUCUGCGUUCGUUGCACUUUUAAA